AUGGAAACGGAGUUCAAAUCUAUAAAACGUGGAUUUAUACCUAAAGUGUAUAAAGCAACCCACAGGUUUCUAUGGAAGGUCAUAUCUCUUCAUAGAAAUGUCCUCUUGAAUUUCAUUAGCCUUAUUGAAGAGAGACGACUCAAUACUUCUAAAAUUAAAAAAAAAUUUGAAUUAAUAAAAUACUACAAAAUUAGUCUAUUAACAUUUAAAGGACCAGAUUAA